AUGACCACUCUUCGGGUACUGCUGCACGUUGCUGCUCACUGUGACUACGAGCUGCACUCUCUCGACUUCAGCACAGCUUUUUUGCAGGGCAGCCUGCACGAGGAGAUCUGGCUGCGUCGCCCACCUGGCUUCACUGGGUCUUUCCCUCCUGGUACCCAGUGGAGUCUCCGGCGUCCAGUCUACGGUCUCCGCCAGGCGCCACGUGAGUGGCACGACACACUGAGGACUACGCUUGCUGCACUCGGGUUUGCUCCUUCUACUGCCGACCCGUCGAUGUUUCUGCGCACCGAGACCUCUCUGCCGCCGUUCUACAUCCUCGUGUACGUCGACGACUUGGUCUUUGCCACAGCUGACACUGCUGGACUCGCCUACGUGAAGUCCGAGCUGCAGAAGAGACACACGUGCCCUGACCUGGGUGAACUGCGCAGCUACCUUGGCUUGCAGAUCACCCGGGACAGAGCACGCCGCACCAUUACCCUGACUCAGUCACACAUGGUGCAGCAGGUCCUUCAGCGCUUCGGCUUCACGUACUCCUCGCCUCAGGCCACUCCUCUGCCUACUCGCCACUCGCUCUCAGCUCUGCCUUCGGAUGAGACCGUAGAGUCGAGUGGCCCGUAUGCAGAGCUUGUUGGCUGCCUCAUGUACCUGAUGACCUGCACACGACCUGACCUUGCAUACCCUCUUAGCAUUCUCGCACGCUAUGUUGCUCCUGGGAGACACCGACCAGAGCACAUGGCUGCAGCGAAGAGGGUGUUGCGCUACUUGUGCAGUACGUCGGGCAUGGGGCUAGUGCUUGGAGGGCGCAGUCCAGUGGAGUUACGCUGGCUCACCUACCUGCUGACCGACCUUGGAGAGCCGCCUCGUUCUCCUCCAGUCCUGUACGUAGACAACAAGGCCAUGCUGGCCUUGUGUCGAGAGCAGAGACUGGAGCACAGGACAAAGCACAUUGCUCUCCGCUACUUUCUUGCUCGUGAGCUCCAGCAGCGUGGAUAG